UGUAGAAUCAAGCCAAAACCUAACCCAAUCAUGUGUAUACCGUUCGACACCCCACACUGUCUACUUUCAUAAUCCAUGUCACUCUUCUUCAUAUUCAAGUUAUUAUAUGACUUAUAAUAAUUUGGAAAAAAAAAUUCUUCGGAAGAUUGAAGCAAUGGAAGUUUGUUGAUUCUGUUGUUAAUACUGAAUAUGUACCCAUCAUAGGUGCAAUUAUGAAAAUAUUAUGUGCUGUUGACAAUGCUUUUUUUUCUCAUUUGGUGAAAGAUAGUGACGACGCUCUUGCAACUGCUAAAGUCAUUAUAAGUAAUUUACAAUUGGAAAAUGAAGUUAUAUCAUUAGAAGCCGAUACAAUUGGCUGGAGAAAAGCUAAUACAAGUGAUAUUAGUAGUAUUAUUCCAUUGUAUGAUGACAAUGAUAUAAAGAAAUUCAGUGGUGAAUAUUCAGUAAGAAUAGCACAUGCAUAUUUAGGACACAUUCAACAACAGUGGACAACAUAUAUUCAUCAUGACUUUUCAUCAACAACUAAAAUAAAAAAUAUUGUGUCCAGAUACAAGACAACCGACAAUCCAAAGAAACAUACUAUAUGGAUACGUUUUGGACAAAAUAAACUUGAUGAUAUUGCUUCAUAUUGUACUUGCAAAAGUGGUUUGCGUACUGC